UCGACCCCGACGCAAUGGAAGAGCAUUAAGAUCAAGGAGCAAAGGCAGCUGGCCCCGGCAGGUCUCUCCAAAGGCUGGAGACGCGGCCAGCUCCACCAGAGGGCGCGCUUCCCCUAGGCAACCUUCCUGCGCUCACGCGUCUUGCGGUGGCGGAGGGAGGUCACUCGCCAGCGCGGCCAGGACGUCAGCCCGCACCUGGGACGGACGCCCCCGGUGGCCAGGGCAGGAAGCGAAGACUCCGGGUGGCGGUCCUUCGGGUCCUGUCUCUGUCACACCGUUCUUGGUACCUCUGCUGGCCUUUUUCAGACCUUCGAGGCUGCAGCUUUGGUCAUCGAACGGGAGUUUAUCCCUGAGCAGGCUACAGCGUCGGGAGAAGGCGCGAAGGUGCAGCAGCAGUGCGCGCCCAGCUGGAGACGAAGCGCGGACGCCAGGCUCAGCGCGCGCUGCCCCGGCCGCUCAAGUCGCGGGCCCUCGCUCCGGGGAGAGCCAUACCCGCAGUCUGUCGUGGGGCCCCCUAGACGCGGAGAAGUCGGGCUCCACGAGGGGGCCGAGCGCAGCCGCAGCCGUCGAGGGCACUGAGUGCAAGCCCCGGGUUGUUCCGUGUGCGUACCUCUCUCCAGUGGCCCCGGGCACCAUGAAGUCAAGGACCACCAACCGCUGUCCCGGGAGCGCCCUGCGGAACCCCUGGAGGAGCUUCCUCCUGCUCACCCUGGCUCUCUUCGUGGGCAUGGGUCAUGCUCAGAGAGGCCCGGUGGGAAGAUACGAGCCAGCUGGCAGGGACGCGAAUCGGCUUCGGCGCCCCGGGGGCAGCCACCCUGCGGCGGCUGCAGCCAAGGUGUACAGUCUGUUCCAGGAGCAGGACGCGCCCGUCCCGGGCUUGCAGCCCGCGAAGCGGGCCGAACUCGGCUGGGGGGGCCUCGGGAGGCCGGCCGACGCCGAGGCUAGGAGGCCGCCCAGCGCACAGCAGCUAUGGCGAAUCCAGCCACCUGCGCAGAACUGGAGAAGCAGUUCCCUGGGCCAGCAGCAGCCCACACCCCGGGCCCGGGUCAACCCAGCUCUCCCGCGCCUCGGGACCCUGCAGAGGCCCGGGGCUGCGCCCCCAACUCCGCCGCGAGGGAGGCUUACGGGGAGAAAUGUCUGCGGGGGACAGUGCUGCCCGGGAUGGACGACAGCAAACAGCACCAACCACUGUAUUAAACCCGUGUGCCAGCCGCCCUGCCAGAACAGAGGCUUCUGCAGCCGGCCCCAGCUCUGUGUGUGCCGCUCCGGCUUCCGGGGAGCCCACUGCGAGGAGGUCAUCCCUGAGGAGGAGUUUGACCCCCAGAACUCCAGGCUGGCCCCCAGACGCUCAGCCGGGAGGUCACCCAACCUGCGCCGGAGCAGCACGGCCAGAGAAAGCACCGCAAUCCCCAGAACGCGGCCCCCCGCCCGGACCUUGAGUGGGCUCAGCCAGGCCAACCCCUCCCCGCAGCACGUGGGGCUGUCCCGCACAGUCCGCCUUUAUCCGACCGCCGCUGCCCGUGGCCAGCUGACUUCCAAUGCACUGCCUGCAGGGCCAGGCCUUGAGAGGAGGGAUGGCGCCCAGCCAGUGGCAUAUCCGGACCACCUGUCAUCCCCCUGGGGGCUGAACCUCACUGAGAAAAUCAAGAAGAUCAAGAUUGUCUUCACACCCACCAUCUGCAAGCAGACCUGUGCCCAUGGGCACUGUUCCAACAGCUGUGAGCGCGGUGACACCACCACCCUGUACAGCCAGGGCGGCCACGGGCAUGACCCCAAGUCUGGCUUCCGCAUCUACUUCUGCCAGAUCCCCUGCCUGAACGGAGGCCGCUGCAUUGGUCGGGAUGAGUGCUGGUGCCCGGCCAACUCCACCGGGAAGUUCUGCCACCUGCCCGCCCCGAAGCUCAACAGGGAGUCUCCAGAGAGGGGCUCCCGUCACAGGGACCUGCUGGAAGUCCCCUUGAGGCAGUCCACCUUCACACUGCCUCUCUCCAACCAGCUGGCCUCCGUGAACCCCUCUUUGGUGAAGGUGCACAUCCACCACCCACCGGAGGCCUCUGUGCAGGUCCACCAGGUGGCACGGGUACGGGGUGAGGCUCCGGAGGAGAACAGCGUGGAGACCAGACCUUCACCCCGGCUCCCUGCCAGCCCCGGCCAGGGCCACUGGGGCAGUAACAUCAUCCCCACUCGGACCAGAGAGGCCCCUCGGCCCCCGGUGGCGCCCAGGCCUCAGGGACUGCUGGGCCGCUGCUACCUGAGCACUAUAAAUGGACAGUGUGCCAACCCCCUGCUGGAGCUGACUACCCAAGAGGACUGCUGUGGCAGUGUGGGAGCCUUCUGGGGGGUGACCUCAUGUGCCCCGUGCCCACCCAGACCAGCCUCCCCCAUGCUUGAAAAUGGCCAGCUGGAGUGUCCCCAGGGGUACAAGAGACUGAACCUCACUCACUGCCAAGAUAUCAACGAGUGCUUGACCCUGGGCCUGUGCAAGGACUCGGAUUGCGUGAACACCAGGGGCAGUUACCUGUGCACCUGCCGGCCAGGCCUCAUGCUGGAUCCGUCCAGGAGCCGCUGUGUGUCGGACAAGGCUGUCUCCAUGCGGCAGGGACUGUGCUACCGGUCACUGGGGCCUGGCACCUGCACCCUGCCUUUGGCCCAGAGGAUCACCAAGCAGAUAUGCUGCUGCAGCCGAGUGGGCAAAGCGUGGGGCAGCAAGUGUGAGAAAUGCCCUCUGCCUGGCACAGAGGCCUUCAGGGAGAUCUGCCCCGCUGGCCACGGCUACACCUACUCAAGCUCAGACAUCCGCCUGUCCGUGAGGAAAGCCGAGGAGGAGGAACUGGCCAGGCCCCUGAGGGAGCACAGGCAGCAGGGGCCAGAGGAGAGACAGCCACUCCGGGCAGCCACCGACACCUGGCUGGAGGCUGGGACCAUCCCUGACAAGGGUGACUCUCAGGCUGGCCAGGUCAGAACCGGUGUUACCCAAGUUCCUGCCUGGGCCCCAGGAGAUGCUGUAGGAAGACCAACGCUGCCACUGCCUGGACAGGGGACCCCAGAGACCCGGGAAGAAGAGCAAGAGACGACUCCCACCGAAGUGCCAGUGGCCCUGGGCCCCUCAGCUCCCACAGGCCUUGACAGAUGUGCCGCUGGGUCCACCAACAUCUGUGGCCCUGGAACCUGCGUGAAUCUCCCAGAUGGAUACAGAUGCCUCUGCGGCCCUGGCUACCAGCUGCACCCCAGCCAGGCCUACUGCACAGAUGACAAUGAGUGUCUGAGGGACCCCUGCAAGGGAAAAGGGCGUUGUGUCAACCGCGUGGGCUCCUACUCCUGCUUCUGCUACCCUGGUUACACACUGGCCACCUCGGGAGCCACACAGGAAUGCCAAGACAUUGACGAGUGUGAGCAGCCAGAGGUGUGCAGCAAGGGGAGGUGCACCAACACAGAGGGUUCGUACCACUGCGAGUGUGACCAGGGCUAUGUCAUGGUCAGGAAGGGCCACUGCCAAGACAUCAACGAAUGCCGUCACCCCGGCACCUGCCCUGAUGGGAGAUGCGUCAAUUCCCCCGGCUCCUACACUUGUCUGGCCUGCGAGGAGGGCUACAGGGGCCAGAGCGGGAGCUGUGUAGAUGUGAACGAGUGUCUGACCCCCGCGGUCUGUACCCAUGGAAGGUGCAUCAACCUGGAGGGCUCCUUUAGAUGCUCUUGUGAGCAGGGCUACGAGGUCACCUCAGAUGAGAAGGGCUGCCAAGAUGUCAACGAGUGUGCCAGCCGGGCCUCCUGCCCCACGGGCCUCUGCCUCAACACCGAGGGCUCCUUCGCCUGCUCGGCCUGUGAGACUGGGUACUGGGUGAAUGAGGAUGGAACUGCCUGUGAAGACCUAGAUGAGUGUGCCUUCCCGGGAGUCUGCCCGUCGGGAGUCUGCACCAACUCCGAGGGCUCCUUCUCCUGCAGGGACUGUGGCGAGGGCUACAGGCCUAGCCCCCUGGGCCACACCUGCGAAGACGUGGACGAGUGUGAAGACCCCCGGAGCAGCUGCCUGGGAGGCAUGUGCAGGAACACAGUGGGCUCCUACCAGUGCCUCUGUCACCCGGGCUUCCAGCUGGCCAACGGCACCGUCUGUGAGGACGUGGACGAGUGCGUGGAGGAGGAGUACUGCGCACCCCGCGGCGAGUGUCUCAACAGCCACGGGUCCUUCUUCUGUCUCUGUGCACCAGGCUUCGCCAGUGCAGAGGGGGGCACCAGCUGCCAGGAUGUGGACGAGUGUGUGGUCACUGACCAGUGUCUGGGAGGCCGGUGUGUCAACACUGAGGGCUCCUUCAACUGUCUGUGCAAGCCCGGCUUCCAGCCCUCCCCAGAGAGUGGGGAGUGUGUAGAUAUUGACGAGUGUGAGGACUACAGAGACUCCGUAUGUGGAGCCUUGAGGUGUGAGAACAGCCCUGGCUCCUACCACUGUGUCCUGAGCUGCCAGCCUGGCUUCCACCUGGCCCCAGCUGGAGACUGCAUUGACAUAGAUGAGUGUGCCAACGACACCAUGUGUGGGAGCCAUGGCUUCUGCGACAACACUGAUGGCUCCUUCCGCUGCCUCUGUGACCAGGGCUUUGAGACUUCGUCCUCCGGCUGGGACUGUGUUGACGUGAACGAGUGUGAGCUCAUGCUGGCAGUGUGUGGGGCGGCGCUCUGUGAGAACGUGGAGGGCUCCUUCCUGUGCCUCUGUGCCAGCGACCUGGAGGAAUAUGACGCUCAGCAAGGGCACUGCCGCCCUCGUGUGGCUGGGGGUCAGAGCAUCCCUGAGGCCCUGCCAGGGGACCACCCUCCAGGCCCCAUCCGCAUGGAAUGCUACUCUGGGCAGAAUGGCCAGCUGCCCUGCUCCAGCCUUCUGGGCCGGAACACCACACAGGCCGAGUGCUGCUGCACCCAGGGCCACGCCUGGGGAGACACCUGUGACCCGUGCCCAGUCGAGGACUCAGCUGCGUUCAGCGAGAUCUGCCCCAGUGGUAAAGGCUACAUCCCUGUGGAAGGAGCCUGGAUGUUUGGACAGACCACGUACACAGAUGCCAAUGAGUGUGUGAUGUUCGGGCCUGGUCUGUGCCAGAAUGGCCGGUGCCUCAACACAGUGCCUGGCUACAUCUGCCUGUGCGAUUCUGGCUACCAGUACAAUGCAGAGCGCAGGAAGUGUGAGGAUGUCAAUGAGUGCCAGGCCAUGGCCUGUGAGAAUGGCGAGUGUGUGAACACAGAAGGCUCUUUCCACUGCUUCUGCAGCCCCCCGCUCACCCUGGACCUCAGCCAGCAGCACUGUGUGAACAGCACCAGCAGCACAGAGGACCUACCUGACCAUGACAUCCACAUGGACAUUUGCUGGAAAAAAGUCACCAAUUAUGUAUGCAGCCAACCCCUGCAUGGCCAUCGCACCACAUACACAGAAUGCUGCUGCCAGGACGGCGAGGCCUGGAGCCAGCAGUGUGCCCUGUGCCCCCCCAGGAGCUCUGAGGUCUAUGCUCAGCUGUGCAACGUGGCCCGGAUUGAAGCAGAGCGGGAGGCUGGGGUCCACUUCCGGCCAGGCUAUGAAUAUGGCCCUGGGCCCGAGGACCUGAACUACAGCCUCUAUGGCCCAGACGGGGCCCCCUUCUACAACUACCUGGGCCCUGAGGAUGCCAUCCCUGAGCCACCUUUCCCUAACACAGCUGACCACCCAGGGGACCACUUCCCAGUUCUUGAGUCUCCCCUGCGGCCUUCAGAACUCCAGCCCCACUAUGUGGCCAGCCAUCCAGAGCACCAGGCUGGCUUCGAAGGGCUUCAGGCAGAGGAAUGCGGCAUUCUUGAUGGCUGCGAGAAUGGCCGCUGUGUGCGUGUGCGGGAGGGCUACACCUGUGACUGCUUUGAGGGCUUCCAGCUGGACACGGCCCACAUGGUCUGUGUGGAUGUGAACGAGUGUGAUGACCUGAACGGGCCUGCUGCACUCUGUGCCCACGGUCACUGUGAGAACACGGAAGGCUCCUACCGCUGCCACUGCUCCCCGGGCUUUGUGGCGGAGGCCGGCCCCCCACACUGCACUGCUAAGGAGUAGCAGUGAGGAGUCCGUGUGCGCAGCUACCUGGAAAUGGCCCCAGCCACAGGCGAGGAAGCUUUCGAGCUGGGAAGACACCAUGAAGACAUCAGGCGGGAGGCCCUGCAGCCCAGCUCCGAGUCAGCCUUGCCAGCUCUUCACCUCUCUGAGCUUGGGCUGGGGCUGGGAGCUUCUGUCACUGCCUCCAUGCCACAUGCCCUUGCUUGGCUCAAACACCACCAGAUGCUUUAAUGCUUCAGCCACUGACCAUGAGGCCCAGCCUGCUAUCUGUCCUGGCCUUGCCACAGGAUGCUUACCAAAGGAUGGUCCUCCACCCCCUCAAGCUGUGCAAACACACAAGAUCCUUUGGCCUCACGCUGCAGACACCUUUUCCAGCCAUGAUCCACACUUCAUCCUGAUGAUUCCACAACUGGGUUACAUCUGCCCUUGGAUGGUCCUUCAGUACCUACUGAGCAAAAAAGGACUGAGGAACUUUGGGGAGUAGCUGCAUUGCCUCCUCAGAACCAUCACCGCCACUCAGCCAAUCUAGUUUGGGCCAUAUUUUGCCACAUCUCCAUCCUCUAGCCAGUUCAGUGGCCCCAGGGAGGAGCAGAAGAUCCCCUCAUCUCAGAGAAGACUGAAGCUAGAUGGCUGAGUAUAAGAGGCAUAAAUGAGGGGAGCAAGGAGCCUGCAAAAGCAGCAAGAGGACAGUAUGAAAAACACAAAGAAUUGGUAAGAAAGGGGGAGCCUGGGCCUUACACAAGGCUAAAGAAAAUAUUCAGUAGCUUCAGGUAAAUAAACAUUCAAAAUCUCUCCAGCAAUAGCUCCUGUGCACCACAGCAAGUGCUGCCACAAGACAGGGUGCCCACCUCCAAAGACUUGUAUUAAAUACCUAUUGCUUCUUACAAGAAACAAGUCUCUCCUGGGCUCUCCUCCUGUGGACACCAAUUUGAUGUGCUAAAAAUAAAAAGGUCUAUUUUCUAGCUUGAAAACAGGUAUAGGCUUGUUUAGGGGAAGCCAGAUUUUCUAUGUUGUUUGUCUACUCAGAAGCCUCAGCCCCCUUCCUCUUUGUGAAACAGACAGCUGGCAUCCCUCUGAGUUGGCAAGUAGAGACCCACCCCAACCUUGGCUAGCUAGGAGUUUAGAACCACGGUGGAAUAAAGAAAUGUACAUCUGG